CUAGGCUGUACGAGGGGAAGGAGCAGGCAGAGUUUGAAGAGUCGCUGAGGAGGCUCUUUGAAUCCAUCAACAGCCUGAUGAGGACAGACUACACCACCACUCUGCUGCUCAGGGUUGCUGCUCUGAAGUACCUGCCAACAGUCCUGCAUGAUGUUGAGAAAGUGUUUGAUGCCAAACUUCUCAGUGAGUUGCUGCAUGACUUUUAUUCCUGCAUCCCCCCUGAGAUACUCCAGGAACAGAAGGUGAACUCACUCCAGAAACAGAAGGUGGCCUCCAUGACUGAAAUCGUCAGCAGCAAACUCUUCCAGAGACAAGAGUGCCGUGAUGUGCUGUUACCCAUGAUGCUGCGGGAGUUGGGUGGGGCACUUGCCAGCAUGGCUGACGGGCCUCACGAUGAGAGGAGAAAUAGUCUGGAGCUGCUUAACAACAUUCUGGAGGUCCUCAGCCGGGACAGUGUGGGUGAAACCUUUCAACAUGUGCAGGACAUUGUGGUGUCUCUGCUGAGGAUCAUCAACCGGACGGUCAUCACGAUGGGAAGAGAGCACGCCCUAAUCGUAAGUACAUAA